GGCGCAAGGACAUUCCCUAGACGAUUCCAGAGCCUUAGAUCCAUACCUUCUUUCUCUGCUCAGCAUUCCUGGCAACGACGCGGUUUCAUGUCUUCAGAUAUCAGUGCUUCUGCGAACGGUAACACCACCCAGACCAAGUCUGAGCCAUAUGGCAACUUCGAUUUCGUCACACGUGUAAAGCCAGACUACGCAAAUGUUGUGAUUGAGAAAUGGAGAAGUCGUGUGUCAGGACUUUCGGUAGUGCAUGUCGAUUACGAGGCACCGAUCGUGAAGGGCUUCUUUGCUGUGGGGACUGAGAUAUUCGACGACUCCGGAUGCCCACAUACCCUCGAACAUCUCAUAUUCUUAGGUUCUGAGAAGCAUCCAUACAAAGGUGUUCUUGACAACCUUGCCAACCGCGCCUUUGCUCAGGGAACCAACGCUUGGACGGACCAAGAUCAAACGGUGUACACAAUCGAUACUGCCGGACACGAUGGAUUCCUCCGACUGUUGCCGGUGUACCUUGACCAUCUCCUGUGGCCGACUUUGACAGCGAGUGGAUACGUGACGGAGGUACAUCACAUCAAUGGAGAGGGCGAGGAUGCAGGUGUCGUCUAUAGCGAGAUGCAAGGGCGAGAGAACACCCCUAACGAUCUGCUUGCCCUAAGACUCCAGCGUGCCUUCUAUCCCGAGGGAAAUGCGUAUCGAAGCGAGACGGGCGGUUUAAUGGAGGCGCUACGGAACCUCGAUAUCCACCAGAUCCGAAAAUAUCACAGCACUUAUUAUGCUCCCCACAAUCUUUGUGUGAUCAUGAUGGGCAGACUAAGCACGAAGGACCUGCUCAAUGUUCUGCAAUCGCAAGUAGAGCCUCGUAUUAUCGCUCAUGGUCAAGCACAUGGCCCACGCCCUCCGGGGUGGAAGCGGCCGUUCAUGGAAACGAAGACGGCAGAGCCUUUCAGUUUGGGCAAAGGAAAACUUGAGACUGUAGAAUUUCCCGAGCAGGAUGAGAGCGUGGGCGAGGCUUGCGUCUCGUGGAUUGGACCCAAGGCGGAUGAUUUUGUCAAUCAGCAGGCCCUCGAUAUUCUAGGAACAUACUUGACUGACUCCCCCGUGGCGCCCCUGACCAAAGCAUUUGUGGAGACGGCUUCACCUCUUUGCACGGGUGUCUAUAUUUCAGACUCAAUGCGAGCAACGAUUACAACUCUAGAUAUGUACAUGACUGCGGUCCCUACGGAGCUCUUGUCAACGAUUCAAGGGCGCGUGAAUGAGGAGCUGCAGAAGAUUGUAGCGGCCGGUAUCGAUAUGGAGCGAAUGGGAAUGAUUCUCCGACGGGAGAGGCGCCGACUGGCAGACUCGCUGGAAACAUCGACUUCCGAUGUCUUUCUUUCUUCUGUCAUUGACGAUUUCUUGUACGGCGAUCCUGACGGGAAGUCGCUGAGUGAUUCUCUCGACAACACCAGGCGGUACAAUAUGUAUGAACAGUGGACCAAUGAGGAUUGGUGUACUCUGAUCCAGAGGUAUCUCCUUGAUGCACCGAGUAUUGUCAUACUAAGCAAGCCAUCUGGGGAUCUUGCUAAGAAGAUCGAGGAAACAGACCUUGAACGCAUCGCAAGUCAACGGGAAAAACUUGGCCCAGAGGGGCUAGCACAGCGUGAGAAAGAGCUUGCAGCCUCCAUAGAGGCCAACGACAAGGCAAUACCAUCGGAGAUGCUAUCCUGCUUCCCCUUACCUGAUCUCUCUUCGGUCUCGUGGAUUCCGGUGCAGACAGCGCAGAACGAUCCGACGAAGGGCGGCCUGUAUGCUCCAAAGCCGUCCGACACCGAACGUUUGUUACAGUCGGAUGCUACUACGUUGCCUUAUUUUGUGGAAUUCGACCACGUCAAGUCAAAUUUCGUCACAGUGUGCGCGUAUUUGUCGACAGCUGAUCUCCCGAAUGAACUCAGGAACUAUGUCCCUCUGCACCUGAGUUCGUUCUUCUCCCUCCCGAUCAUUCGGGAUGGUGUGGAGGUCCCAUACGAUAAAGUUGUCAACCACUUGGACGAUCUCUCGGCCGCGUACACUAUCGAGAGCCUUACGCAAUUCUCGCAGUUCGUGCGCAUAACACUUAAGGUCCAGCCAGUUCAAUACGAUGUGGCCAUUGGUUGGCUACGCGAUCUCAUGUACAACGCGCGUUUCGACGUCGAAAGACUUCGCAUCAAUGCUAUCAAGAUGUUGCAAGGUCUUCCCGCUCUGAAACGUGAUGGAUCGGUGGUACUUGACUCUGUGCACUACUCCACUUUGUUCAACGAAACAUCUACCGCGGUUGCAUCUGGUCUUCUGACUCAGAUGACGUUUAUUCCCGAAUUGGUGGCUCGGCUCGAAGAAGAACCCGAAGAAGUUGUCAAAGAUAUGGAGGCCUUACGUACCGCUGUCACGCAGCCCUCUGUCGUGCGGUUUGCGGUUUACGGUGAUGUUUUAUCCUUGAAGGAACCACGCUCUGCAUGGGCUAAGAACUUCCGGUCACUACCUCUGACUAAGUUGACACCCAUAUCGUGGAUUCGGGAGUCAUUAUCUGAUCUUGGGAGAAAUCCUGCGAAGAAGGGCGUCGUUGUGACGAUACCGAGUAUCGAAAGCAGCUACUCCAUCCACAGUACAAAGUCGCUACCAUCUUGGGAUCAUCCCGAUUACGCAGCCAUGAGAGUGGCGGUAGAAGUAUUAGAAGGGAUGGAGAGCUUCUUAUGGAGAUAUAUUCGUGGGGCUGGGUUGGCAUAUGGUGUCAAUAUUCUUGUGGACGUAGAAGCUGGCCUUCUAUCCUUCUCCCUCUAUAGGGCACCUGAUAGCUACAAGGGUUUCGUGGAAGCCGCCAAAGUGGUGAAGGAAGUUGCCGAGGAGAAGCUAUUCAUUGAAGACACCACGAUGGAUGCCGCGAAGAGCACUCUAGUGUAUAAUUUUGCGUCGCGGAUGGGAACAGUUGGCAAAGCGGCUGUGUCUUCGUUCAGCAACCAAGUACUGCGUGGCGUCUCUGUGGAUCAUCAUCAUGAAUUGCUGCAGAGAUACAAUGGUGUCACGAGGGAAGAGGUCCUUGCGGCUAUUCGGAAGUAUAUCCUUCCGGUAUUCGAUCCUGCACACUCUGUUGCGGUGGUUGUUUCAUCGCCAAACAAGGCGGAGGAGAUUACGGCUGGCCUGAAGAGUGCUGGGUUUGAUGUUGAGUCUCGCAAGCUCGAUCUCGAACUAUCCGAUGGCGAGAGCGACUUUUCAGAUAACUCAAUGAGCGAGGACAGCCGGUAGAUUAUCCUUUGAUACAGUGACCAUAUUCUACUUUCCCUCAGCUCCGCUCUCGCCUUAUUCUUCAUUUUGUCAAAUGGUUAGAGUUUGCUGCGUCCAGGAACUUGAAGCAUGAUACGCGUUCCCAGUGUUCGUCGACCGCAUAGCGGGGUUCUAAUAGCGCAGGUGGGGAUGUUCGAUUCGGGAAGUCGAGGUCAAUCAAGUAAUCGCAUGUCCCAAUAUCGACAUAGUGGGUCGGUUCUUCCCUGUUGAGAUGAUUCAAAUCCGACGGGACAAACCUCGUGCCCUCCCACUUCCAGAACGGGUCGCCCCCCUUGCUCUGUACAAAAUGCCGUGGGAGCAUGCCGUCAAACUCGCUCUUGACAAACUCGACGUCUAUCCCGUCGGGCACGUGGAAGUGGCUCGGGAAGCGGUACCACUCCUUGCCUAAGCAGAGGGUGAGGCUGAACAUAGAUACUGGGGAGAGGUCUACAGGCUCGUCCGCGUCGUGCUUGGACGAGGCGGUGGACUUCUUGAUCUGCUCUGUGAGGAGACCGUUAGUGUUGAGUAGUCGGGGAAGCUCGACGUAUUCGAAGUGAUUUAGCACGUCGAGGGGUGCGUGGUAGUACUGGUAGAGGGCGAGGAUGCGGGAGAUUCCAACGAGCGAGGAGAGGAAGAUGACGGCGAAUGUCACCCAGGGGAAGAGGGAGGCUUUUGAUGCCCGAUAAGGCGACUUGGUGAUGUGUACAUAGACCGUCUCCAGCAACCCACGGAAGAGAUAGACAGUCGUCGCAGCGUUGAAGCACAAUAGAGGGUAAGCAGGAUACAUGAACCUCUCCUCCUUAUGCUUCUGGGCGGAGAGGAUCAUAAACCACAGGUAGAAGGGUACGACCCUGAGAGCCAUAAGGGUGAACGGGCUGCUUUCGUUCGGCCCUGGUCUGCUCAUGCCUAGCCUGCGCCGGUCGAAUCGAUAAGUUAGGGCCAGCAUGGGAAGGGAAGCGAGUGCCAAAGGGAGGAGAACGUUGAAGUUGAGCACGAGGUUGAGGAUGUAGAAGUACCAAGGCUCGGUACCGUAUAGGUCUGGACCGCGUGAAGAGCCGGAGAAGAUGUUGUAGCGAAUUAUAUUCCAGGGUGUGAUGGUGAGCGUGUCAUAUGCGAGGGAAUCGACGCCGACAACGGGGAUGAAUAUGGUUGCUGCUACCACCCCACAUCCGACUAGCCUGGUCGCCCUGGACCAGAACCACUUGGUUAAUUCUCCGGACUUGACUCUGCGACCUUCUUCCAGCAAUUUAUCGUGUCCCAAUACUCCGAGCUCUUCCGCUACGAAAGGGAGUGCGAUCGCGAGCGCAAAUGGCCAGCCGACGAUAGCGCCAAGCGCGAAGUACAGGGUAGUAGCGAGCGUACGGUAGGCGUCGGUAUUGGAGGGCGGCUUGAACCAGUGGGAGCAAGCGAGCAUCGUAGUGUACAUCGCGAAUGACGAAGGGAGGAAAGACACUGAAGCGUUCCACAUGCCAGCGCUGAACAGGAGCAUGAAUAGCAGAUAUCUGCCAAGGCGAUAGUUCAUCUGUUCGACCACUGUCCUGUAGAACUUGGCUUCGCAGAAACUGCACGCAGUGGCCAGAGCAAUCCGUACAGCGAAGAAUGAUGCACGCUUCGACCCCGCGUUUAUCAGCGGAGGGAGGUGCACGGCCGGGUAGUGCAGGAGGAUGUAUGCCCAGCUGCGGAUCGCGUACUCUGGACUGAGUUCCCAGGUUUGGAAGGCAUAACCCUUGGAGAGAUAGUGUAGAGGCUCGAAGAAGUUGAACACUUCAUCACAAUCGCUCACACCAGCAUACAUCGCCGCUCCUACCCUGACAAGUAUCAACAUCCUAAACGCGACCGACAAGCUCGGUGUCCAUGGCCCUCGCUGCGAGCGCCUGAGCUGGUCUUGUAGGAGCCCACUGUGCCUGUUUAUGGAUUUGGACGGGGUGGUCGCCUGGUGCUUGCGUAGUCGAAGGGUUUGGGUGCCUGGAAGUGCAGGCGCUGUUAUUGGGGUAGCCAUGGGUGGGAGGAGGGAGGAGAGGACGAGGAGAGAAGGACGGGAUGAAGCAGAUU